UGCUCCGGCCACCAACGCCCACACUCGCCGGGAAACCAAUCUUCGAUUCACUCAUCGCGGCCAUGAGGUUCCGGUACGCCAUGGUCUGCUCAUCGAAUCAGAACCGGAGCAUGGAGGCUCACUUCCUCCUCAAGAGACAAGGACUCGACGUAGCUUCGUACGGGACAGGGUCUCACGUUAAACUCCCCGGACCAUCCGCCAGAGAGCCAAACGUCUACGACUUCGGAACUCCGUACAAGCAGAUGUUCGAUGAACUCAGGCGCAAGGAUCCUGAGCUUUACAAGAGGAAUGGGAUCUUGCAGAUGCUUAAGAGGAACCUGAAUGUGAAGCUUGCUCCACAGAGAUGGCAAGAUAAUGGUGGUGAUGGUGUGUUUGAUGUUGUUAUGACUUUUGAAGAAAAGGUUUUCGACUCUGUUCUUGAAGAUCUUAAUAACAGAGAACAGCCACUGAUGAAAACAAUACUAGUGAUGAACCUGGAGGUUAAAGAUAACCACGAAGAAGCAGCUAUUGGUGGCCGACUUGCCUUAGAACUCUGUCAAGAGAUUGAAGGGAAUGAAUCAUGGGAAGAUACGAUAGAUGACAUUGUUGCUGGCUUUGAAAAACAGCAGAGGCGGAAACUUGUCUAUAGCAUCUCAUUUUACUGAAGAUACCAUUGUCAGUUGUCAUUGUCAGCUUUUCUUUCCUCGCUCAGGUUAUGUAGAAUGAUGGUUAAUCGUUUUGAUAUGCUUAAGGUUAUAUUGUCGACACUGCAGAAGAUGUUUGUUUCUUUCUUUCCUGGAAAUUGAAACAGAACCUUCAUGCGCAGAUGCUGCAAGAGAACAAAUGUUUCUGUUUUAACGUAUUUUUAUAAUGUUAAAGAGCUUAGAGUGAAGACC